AUGCCAGUGGACGUGGGAUUCGGUCUUGCCAUAACGGCAGUGCGGGCUUUGCUGGAAAGAUACCAAACGAAGGCCACCGUAAAUGGCCUGCUUGCGGAAUCUGCCAAGCUGUUGAUUACCGCAGAGAGGAAUCUCACAAACGCGAGAGCAGACGAAGAGCGGGCGCGAGUCAUCGAGCGUUGCCACCCCGGGCAGCUCGUGACUCUGGAGCAGGAGCUACGCCGGUGUCUCAGCGCUCAGAUUCACCGCGAGCUUCAAUCAGACGUAUCCCGCUGGCGCGAGCGCCAGUACUGGACGCCCCUUCGCAAACUCGUGAAACUGCACGUCAAGGACUGCCAGAGUCUGAACUUAAACAUUAAAGGCACGAGCGACCUCCCGGAGAGAGUCGGGUUACCUAUCGUAUACGGCGGGGAUGAGACCGACGCCCUGGCCGUGUUACAGCCGGACGUUUUGACAAACAGCCCUGCCACCAGCAAGUCGGCAAACGGGAGCGCCUCUGAGGAAGCUGCCCUCCGGAAUGGACUCACAUAUUUAAUAGUUUUGACUCUGCUCCUGGCACAAUCAUCCAUGCAAGCCUCACAGGACUUGCGUGCUAUUACGCGAGAUAUAGCGCUCAUGAGACGAGUCAUGCUUGGAGAGGUCGCCCUGGAAGCCGACGUGAACGAAUCUCCCACAGCCGCCUUAUCCGCAGCUCACGGGAGCCAAGAGAGCCCUUCCGCAGUGUCUCCAAUGAGCUCGACGGACACCUUUUUCACUGCCCAGGAGCCGGAAUCAUCGGACCGUGAAUCUGCUUAG